AAAAACUCUCUUAGACGAAGAAGGCGACACUUUUUCUUUCUCUCUCCCCCUCCCCCCCCCUUUUUUUUCUUCCUUGUUCUUGUUCUUUUGUGAAUUUGAAUCUAUGGCAACCGUGAUUCUUCCGCCACAGGACUGCCUUGGGAAAGGCUUACGCCACCAAGGAUUGGUGCUAUCAGCACCGUUGAGUUCUCGGCGAAAUUCUAACCCUAAUAGUACUAGUACUUCUUCAAACCCUAACUUGAAUCAUGAUGCUAGGAGUUGUUCAGGCAGACGGAGGAGGAGUGCAUCGGUGGGAUUGAAGGCUAACCGUCAAGCUAACAGAGAGCGGAGCCGGGUGAGGGAGUCAUCUACUACGGCGAAGAUGGCAACGAGGAGUUUGGUUAUGGGUCAGGUUAAGAUCCUGAAGCGUGGAGAAAUAUUGACUCCUGAUCGAGGAGUUGGUGCUGGUGGUGAUGAUUCUUGUGGUAAGAGGAGAUUAGAAUCGAAAGGUGAGGAGGUGGAUUUGGUUUUGGGAUCUACUGAUCGGUUGGGUCCAGACGCUGAUUUGAUGCAGAAGCAGGUUGUGUUAACGGACUUCAAGGAUGGUAUGUAUGCUGGAUCGGGUGCGUUCUUCGCUUCGCCGCCUCCGAGUUCGGUGCCCUUGCCGUCUUUUGCAGUUAAGAACGGGAUUGCAACAACCGAUCUUAGGCGGUUGCUACGACUUGAUUUAGAAUGAUCACUUCGAGUCAAAGAAGUGAGCAAUUCCUUAAAUGAUUUGGGAUGAACGGAAUGAUUGGGCAAUGGUUUGAGAUUGGUGUGCUCUUACUUUCGAAGGUGAUUGCUUGGUUUACCUCGGCAUCUUCCUUUAUUUUUUCAACAGGGAGAUGUUUGAGUUUUCGAGCAGAUGAACUGACUGAAGUGAAGCUGACAGUUCGUUCUUCUAGGUUUCUAUUACUCAUAACGACUAGGGUUUAUAGGUGGGUUUCUUCUAUAUAGCAAUAUAACCAUUUCAUUGUUUCACUGUAGUGGGUGGGUGUUGUUUGAAUUUGUGUGUGGGUUUCUCUUUUCCCUUACAAUUUAGGUGUUCUUAGAUAUUAUGAUAUAGGUGUAAUAGUUCGAAUAUGCUACGUGUCCAGAAUUUGAAGUUGUUUGUACCUUGUGCUUUGUUUCUUCCGACAAAUUUCAAUGUAUAAAUACAGAAUUUGCUUUCUUUUA